CUGCGAUAGAGAGAAGAGGAGAGAGGCCAAAAAAUGAAUUCACCAAGGCUGAAAGAGGCCUCAAAAGUAUGCCUUCACAGUUGUUGUCCAACGCCUUUCCUCAACAUGCCGGAAGAACACCAGAAAACCGUGUCCAAGCCCGCCCGAACAUCUGUGGUUUGUCGCCGAGACUUUCAACAGAAAACUGCAGCCUCCAUAUUUCCCAACACUCGUUUCACCAACCAUGAAUCUCUCCCUUCUCUCAAAGAAUCAUUCCUUGAGUUAAAAAAAGCCUAUCCUCAAUACGUUGAGACACAACAAGUUGAUGACACAAGAGCUCAAGAGUACGACCACCUUUCGCAGUCCAAUCACGCCUGCCUUGAUUACAUAGGCAUAGGCCUUUUCUCUUUUGCCCAACUUCAGAAACAUAAAUACCAACUAGUUUCCCCCUCCUCCUCUUCCUCUCCUCCUGCUGCGCAGCCAUCGCAUUCCCGGGGUUUGAAUUUUCCCUUCUUUGGCAUAUCCUACAAGACGGGGAAUUUGAAGGUUCAGCUACUUCACGGCGGACAAGAAACCGUGCUCGAAUCCGCGAUGAGGAAAAGGAUCAUGGGCUUUCUCAACAUCUCCGAAAAUGACUACAGCAUGGUUUUCACUGCCAACAGAACGUCGGCUUUCAAACUUGUUGCAAAUUCCUACCCCUACAAGACUAGCCGUAAGCUUUUGACGGUUUAUGACUAUGAGAGCGAGGCAGUGGAGGCGAUGAUCCAUAGCUCGGAGAAGAGAGGAGCUCGUGCCAUGUCAGCAGAGUUUUCUUGGCCCAGGCUGAGGAUUAACUCGUCGAAGUUGAGGAACAUGAUAGUCAGCAAGAGGGAAAAUAAGAAGAAGAAGAGGGGACUUUUUGUGUUCCCACUACAUUCUAGGGUCACAGGAGCAAGAUAUCCUUAUUUGUGGAUGACAAUAGCACAGGAGAAUGGUUGGCAUGUGUUGAUCGAUGCUUGUGCGCUGGGACCAAAGGACAUGGACUGCUUUGGCCUGUUUCUCUUGAGACCGGAUUUCCUCGUUUGUUCUUUUUACAAGGUUUUUGGAGAAAACCCAUCUGGGUUUGGAUGCCUCUUUGUCAAGAAGUCUGUCAUUCCAAUCCUGGAGGCCUCAACAAGCACAGGGAUAGUGAAUAUCGUCCCAGCAAAGGAGCUGCUUCAAUUAGCGGAGGAUUCGUCCGGUACUGAUCUAGAAAUUGAACAGCCACCUAAAUUUGGCUUGGAAGAAGAUGGAUUAACUUCGCUGAGCUCCUUCUCGGGUCCUUUAUCAAAUGAAACAAACCAGUUCCAGUCUCAAAAAGUGGAACAAGGAGAAUCCUCUGACUUGCGAAAUGUAGAAAUAACCGGAAGAUUAGAAGGACCAAAAGGUUCAGAAAUGGGAUCAUCAGAAAUACAUGUUGAGCACGCCAAAAGCGGCGGAAAUGGAGACCAGGAGCUUGAAUGCAAGUGCUUGGAUCAAGUGGAUUCACUUGGGUUGAUAUUGAUAACGAACAGGUCGAGGUACCUAAUAAACUGGCUAGUGAACUCUUUAUCGAAGCUUGAACAUCCUAAUAAUGCAGAGGGAGUUCGUUUGGUAAGAAUCUAUGGACCAAAGAUAAAAUUUGAUCGAGGUCCAGCGUUGGCAUUCAAUAUAUUUGAUUGGAAAGGAGAAAAGGUUGAACCUGUUCUGGUACAGAAAUUGGCUGAUAGAAGCAGCAUAUCUCUUAGCUAUGGGUUCUUACAUCAUAUCUAUUUCUCAGAUAAGUAUGCAGAAAAUAAGGGGAAAGUCCUAGAGAAAAGAGAAAGAGGAGCAAAUCAAAUGGUUGCAAGUAAUUCGAAGGGUAAAUGUGAUGAAGGAAUAACUGUGGUUACAGCUGCACUUGGGUUCCUAGCCAAUUUCGAAGACACUUACAGGCUCUGGGCUUUUGUAGCACAAUUUCUGGAUGCAGACUUUGUGGAGAAGGAGAGAUGGAGGUAUACAGCUCUUAAUCAGACUACAAUUGAAGUUUGAACAAAUAACAAAAUAACAAAAUUUCUUAAUUCUUUUAUUUCUGCAGUUUAGCAAGUUGAUAUAUUUCAUGUCAACUUCAUAAUAUGUAUAUUUUCCAAAGAAAACAGAGGUAUUCAAUUAAUUCCUUCAAAAGGAUGACUUCAGAAUC